AUCACCCCCACCCCCACCCCAUCGUUGUUACUCUCCGACUCUGCCUGCUCGUCACAGCUGACACCGCCUCCUCGUUCUCGACAAACAACCGCGGCGGACUCGUGGCUUUUAAACAUCACCACCACCACCACCAGAACCACCGCAACCACCACCACCAAUAAGAUUCAUUAAAUCGACACGGCCACACGAGCAUGUUGGCGGAGGAGGCGCGUGGUUGGGAGCCGGCAAAUCAAGCAGCAGAAGAAGAAGGAGGUGGAGGUGGUGGUGAAGGUGGGGAUGAUCACGAAGACGGGGAUCGAGUGGGACCGAGAGGCCCUGGGGAUGCCGUGCGGGAGGCGUUGCGCGGCGAUCCGGGAGCCGCCGACCUCCGCCUGAGCCUCGUGGCGGCCGCGCUCCUCGGCUACAGACGCCACUCGCUCCUGCGGCCCUUCCCGUCGGGCUACGGCAACGGGGGCGAGGAUGGCAAGGACUUCACAGCCCUGCUGGCGGACAUGAGUGCCGUGCCGAGCGUGCAGCAGCUCCUGCGCGAGGACGUGGACGUUGCUCCCCGCAUCCUGGAACUCCUGCACUGGGCACUCACGUCCAAGCACUUCACCGUCUGCAGCCAGAGGAAGGACGAGUUUUCCAAGAUUGAGGCACUGACGGGUUCCCCAGGCGUGCCGGUCCCCGCGCCAGACUUCGUUUUCUCGGUGACGUACAGCGAGACGGCCGAGCGCCGGUUUCGGGAAAUGCGUGGGGAGCUGGACAUACUGUACGCCUACCACGGCAGUCGGCUUGAGAACUUCCAUUCGAUCCUCCACAACGGCCUGCAUUGCCACCUCAACAAGACGGCGCUGUUUGGCGAGGGCACUUAUCUAACAAGCGACUUGAGCCUGGCGCUGCUCUACAGUCCGCACUCGCAGGCGUGGAGGCUGAGCGCUCUCGGUGCCGCACUUAGCUGCGUCGCGGUGUGCGAGGUCAUCGACCACCCCGACGUCAAGUGUCAGGUCAAGCGGAAAGAUGCCGACGGCUUGGACCGGAGGAGGGCACGUGCACGGCACAGCGAGGGUGGAGACGUCCCACAGAAAUACUACGUCGUCACCAACAAUCAGCUCCUGCGGCAUUCCGUGGCAGCGAUCAUGGCUGGGACGGCACCGGUUUGCGGUGGGGAUGGCGGUCUACGGCCUCAUUCUCCUUCUCCUCGGAGCACUCAACUCCCCAACGGUGCUGCACUACUGGAGACGCUACCUCUCGGGCGACUGAUGGCAGUGGCGAUUGUCCCCCUCCUGCCUGCCUACAUCCUAAAGCAAACUCUUUCGCUGUUUGUUAGUCUGAGCACGAUGUGCUUCUUUCGAACUCUUGGGACACCUGGCACAUCUUUGUUAAUUGAACCUUAUGGCCGUACCCCAGGGUAUCAUCGUACCCCGGCUCUCGCGUAAUGUCUGUGAUCCAGUCAUUUUUAGUCUGUUGAUGGUCGGCGAUGCGGCAAUCGACUCAUCUCGACGAGCUGUACACGAUGUACUACGGUGCGUACUGCGAGCGUUCAGGGGUUCAGCGUAAUCGUCCUCGCUGCGUUUCGACAUCGCGGAGCAGCACUGAUUUCGGAUUGAUUGGUACCCCCAGUCGCGGAAUUAAGUACACCCCUGGAAAAAAUAGUGUCCCAGAAAUAAAAUAUUUCAUUGCCUUGGCCAUUUUGUAUUAUUUGGUACCCCGGGGUACCGCCAUAAGGAUAAAUUGUUAUUGUAGUGAAAUCGUUUACAACUAUUGUCCUGAUGAGCUUUUGUUUACAUCACUGGUGAACUUACAAAGAUGGGCAGAAUAUCAUGGUGCGUUUCUUUGGUGUAAUUUUCUCAAAAAUUUACAUUGUGUUUCGUGAAAGAAUAAUAAAUAUAGGAAUGCACUUAUCUCAAUCUAAAAAAAAGCUAUUAACUUGCCAAUUGGUAACCAAAGUACCUUAAAUACCUUUGCUGCAAGUUGUAUGUGUCUGUCAUUUUUAAAUUCACACUAUAAACAGCGUGAGCUGCUUUUUAGCUUCGCUUUAAAUCAUGCAUUGAAUUGUCAAGAAUUAUUCACAACUUAAUUGUGCAUUUCACCAUGCUAGUCUCUGCACUUAACUCGUGCUAGAUUGUUUAAUUCGCAAAACAUGUGGUUAAAUUUUGUAAAUCCUUUGCUUUCAGCAAAUAUUUGCUUUCAUCUUAAGGUGAAAAUUCAUACUCGUUGUGCCUCAGCAUCAUCUUACGUGGGAUUGCCUAAGUUGUAACAUUCAUUAAAUGCAGCAUGAUCGUGUUUUAUAAUAGAUGUCAAACUUAUUCCAGCCACUGGCUAUUUAUGUCACCAUAUGUAUAUUGGCCUUUUUCACUUGUUU